UCGCGCUCCUCCCUCCGCGCCCGCGGCUCCCGGGAUCCCCGAAGUUGUCAACAACCCAGUCCUCGUCUCUCAGCGUUGCCUUCUCAGAGCUCCGUUCCCUCCGCCACGAUCCGCUCCGGAAGCGUCGGGCUUGUUCCUCGGGCCCCACAGUCCCUGGCCGAGAGGGACCUUCCCCGCGUCCCACGGCUGGCAGCCCCCGGCCUCCGAUCCUCCCGAGGACCUUCCGCCCUUCGCCCUCCCGCCCCGGCCCGGAUCACACUGGCUCACUCACAGAGACACUGCGCCCCUUCCAGUCCUGCCAGCUCCCGGCCGCUACCCCGAGCACGAGCGAGAACACCGGCUUCUUCUGUCCGGCCUGCUCGCCGCAGCCAAUCAGAAGCCAGCAGCCGGCGCGCCGGGCCCCGCGGACCCCUCUUUACGGGCGAGGGCGCGGUGGGCGUGGCCACCCGGAGCGAGGCGUCGAUUGGCUGGGCGCCUGGGCUCCUCCGCCCGCGGUGUGGCACGCUCUUCGUGUCAGACGUGAGGCCUGGGCGGCCGGGUUGGCACCGGGCCGCCGGGCGGCCGCCGGCUCCGCUCCCCAGUUGCCUCCCGUUGCUCACAGCUUGCUGGCCGAGCGCCGAGCACGCCGCGCACGCGCAGGCCCGCCCGGCCGAGGUGAGCCGAGCGGCGGGCGGCUGGGGCUCCCGAGCUGGAGCAUGCGCCGUCGGGUCUCCUGUGCAGCCGUCUGGAGCUGGUGGAGGUCCGAGAGCUGUGACCUCACCCGGGCCGGGCGCUCAGCGUAGUUCGCAGUGUCUGGGGAAGGGAUGGCAAACACAGCCAGCCAGGCUACGGGACCGUCUGUGUCCAAGUUAGCUUAAAGAACAUGGCGGCCUGCUGAGAGGCGUAGGCUUCUGGAGACAUGGGUACCAGAUUUCAAGUCAUGAGGCAGACCUUAUCCUCCUUGGAGCUUGUGUGCCCAGCCCUGAGGAGUCCUGGAGACAGCUAUCACCCUUGGAGCCCCUAGACUUUGGAGGAGCCAGCUCUGUACCCAGAGGGUGAAGGAAGGCCGGCCAGGACUACCCUGUCUUGAAGACAGAUUCUCACCAGAGUAGAGGAGAAGCACGCUUUCCACAACUCCGCACGAGAGGAGUCGGGGCAACAAGGAGAAAGAAUUCUAAGACGAGAGGAAAACCAAAACAGCAGGGGAAGUGGAAAGGGAGCAGAGAAGACAACGAACUAGUUUGAACCAACACCAGCUCUCUAGCUGGGCACAGAGACCAGACACUGCAAGCACAAGAACUUCAGACAUGCCCACCAAGGCGUCCCCCCUGCCACUCACCACCACCAGUCCUGAGAACAGCAGCUUCCUCUAUGACUAUGACUACUUGGAUGACGUGACUGUCUUGGUCUGCAGGAAGGAUGAGGUCUUGUCCUUUGGGAGAGUCUUCCUGCCAAUCAUCUACAGCCUGAUCUUUGUGCUGGGCUUGGCUGGGAACCUCCUCCUUCUGGUGGUGCUGCUCCGCUAUGUGCCUCGAAGACGGAUGAUUGAGCUUUACCUGCUGAACCUGGCCAUCUCCAACCUCUUGUUCGUAGUGACAAUGCCCUUUUGGGCCAUCUCUGUGGCCUGGCAUUGGGUUUUUGGCAGUUUCUUGUGCAAGGUGGUGAGCGUUCUCUACACUAUUAACUUUUACUGUGGCAUCUUCUUCAUCACUUGCAUGAGCCUGGACAAAUACCUGGAGAUUGUCCAUGCUCAGCCCCUCCACAGACAAAAGGCCCGGUUCAGGAACCUGCUCCUCAUUGCCAUAGUGUGGACCAUGGCCCUGGCCAUCUCUGUCCCAGAAAUGGUCUUUGUACAGGUCCAUAAGACCUUAGAUGGUGUGUGGCAUUGUUAUGCCGAUUUUGGUGGACAUGCAACUGUUUGGAAGCUCUACCUGCGCUUCCAGCAGAACCUCCUGGGGUUUCUCCUUCCGCUCUUGGCCAUGAUCUUCUUUUACUCCCGCAUUGGUUGUGUUUUGGUUAGGCUGAGGCCGCCAGGCCAGAGCCGGGCUAUGAGGAUGGCCACAACCCUGGUGGUAGCUUUCUUCCUGUUGUGGUUCCCAUACAGCCUCACUCUGUUUCUGCAUUCCCUGCUGGACCUGCACGUCUUUGGGAACUGCCAGGUCAGCCACUAUCUGGACUACACGUUGCAGGUGACAGAGAGCCUGGCCUUCUUCCAUUGCUGUUUCACUCCCAUCCUCUAUGCCUUCUCCAGUCGCCGCUUUCGGCGGUACCUGAAAGCUUUUCUUGCUGUGGUGCUGAGAUGGCACCAGGACCCUGGCACUGCCCAAGCCCUGCCAUCUAGCCAUUCUGAGAGCAGCAGGGUUACUGCCCAAGAAGAUAUGGUCAGCAUGCAUGACUUUGGAGAGAGGCAGGCUGAUGAUUCCCUUAACAAAGGGGCUGUGGGGAAGGAUUAG